CCCUUCGUGUGUUACUUGUUGCUCCCAAAAUCUGCCUUUUUAAGACUUUUUCAGAAUGGAUGGCAACUAUAUCAAAGGCGAAUGUGAAGAAAUGUGUCCUUUGGGAGAAGUUAAACAACGAAUUCGCGAGAAACUCGUUCAUUUUUACGAAAAAGACGCCAAAUUUGUGAAGGAAUUUGCUCGUUCAGCUGCCGGUCAACGAAAUCAACGUUCCUACGAAUUACGAACCGAAGAUGCUUUAAUGGAAACUGUGAGAUAUUUGUUAACAGAAAUUUUUCAUGAUAAACGUCGUCCUUAUAAUUUCAUGUACGAUUUUGUCUUUGAUCGUUUGCGAUGCGUUCGUCAGGAGAUUGUCAUCCAAAAUUUGGGUCUCAUAACGACAGUGAAGCUGCUUGAACCAACAAUUAUGUUCCUUGCGUACUCGCGUUAUCGUCUCGCCAACGAAUCUUUUCACAAUUUCGACCCGAAAAUCUGCGAACAGCAUCUUCAGGAGUGUUUAAAGAAAAUUCUCGUGUGUUACGAUGCCUUACCUGAAAUGAAAUACUCGGAAAAUCGUUGCACUCUUGAAGCCUUGUACCAAAUUUUCAAUCUCGGAAGCACAGAAGCCCUUUCUCGAGGCAUUUCGUUGCCAAAAAGUGUCAAACGUCAUCCGGUAUUUCGACUUUCGUUGCGUAUCGGGAUCGCAUAUUGGCAGAAAAACUUUUUUGGAACACUAAAAUUGAUGCAAAGCUUACCGCCGAUGCUUUUUGCUGUUGCUUCAUUGAAAUUCGGGCAGAUACGACGACAGAUGAUCAUGACAUUCAGUACGGCGUAUUGCAGUAAGCAGUUGUCUGUUCCGCUCGAGUGGCUGAGAAAGGUUUUGUUCUAUGGCGCGAAAGAAGAGACGUCGGAGUUGAUUGAGCACUUGAGGCAUUACGGCAUUGAAUGCGAUGGGCAAGCAGCGAAAUUCGAGAAGAAAUUCGAUAUGAGCAAAGCGCAGAUCGCAACAGUAUCACACGCGUUCGUGGAUGAAAAAUUUGACUGUGAUAAUUUUGAAAUAUAUUUUCUGUUAAAGUGAUUUAAAAAUAGGAAAAAAUUUAGAAUUGAAAAAUAAAGUUAAAAAAUUCGAAAAA